AAAAUUAAAUAAUUCGAAAACUAAAAUAAUUAAAUUAAUUCCAAAAUUACAUAAAAAAAAAUAUAUACUGUGCCAAAACCAUUACUUUUUGUACACUAAUUGAAGUUAAUCUUGAGAGAAAUAAAAAAAAAACACAAAUAUACACAAAAUAAUUUCCUCACACUAACGGUAAAGAAAACAUACAUUUCCGCAUUUAAGGCAGUCAUUAAGUACAUACACAACGGCAAAAACUAAUCACAGAAAUUGCAGCUAAUCUCCGCUGCAAUAAAAUAAAACAGCAAAAGCAGCAGCUACAACAACAACAAAAACAACAACAACAAUGGAUGCCACCAGCAGAAACGCCACCCCCAUAAAUCAAAACGCUUCCACCAUCACUGCCAGCAUCAACUCGCAUCCUAAUGCUAAUAGCAACAACAAAAUUCACAACAACACAGCUUCCAGCAACAAUAUUACGAAUUGUUCUGUUGUCUUCGAGAAUGGCACAAUCAUGGGUGCCGUCUAUGAGUAUAAUAUGAGUUACAACAACACCAGUACGAGCAAUUGUAGCAUAAGUAGCAGCAACAACACUAGCCAAAGUACCAGCAGUACAAAUAGCAACAACAAUAACAGCAACAGCAGCAGCAUUAGUAGCCAUAGAAAUAGCUGCUAUUACCAAGAGCCGGAAGGGCAGUUUGCCAGCAUACCGGAGAUUGUAAUCAACGGCAGCUACAACAGUCAUCAGAAUCUUCAACAACAACAACAACAGCAACAGCAGCGGCAACAGCGCCCGGAGCAACACAAACAACAACAACAACAACAACAACAACACAGCUGUAGCAGCAGCAGCAAUUGUGAUGAUUCUGCCAUUGAAAGCACCGCACUACUCUCCGCCAUCGACAACACCACCAACCACUCCCACUCCCACUCCCACUCCAACUCUGACUUCAACAGUACCUCCGCUCGAAUGAAUGGCAUUGUAGAUAUGGACAACGUUGAACAGCUCGACGCUGUUGUGGUGAUGAACGAUGAAUUCGAACAAUUCAUGCUAAAUCGCAGUACCUCCGAUAGCAAUAUACUCGAGUCGAGUAUUUAUAGCGAGCUCCAGUUUCCGCCCUCAAUUGGUAGUAUUAGCAUUGGUGGUGGCAGCAGUAUUAACGGUGCAGGUGCUGGUAGUGUGGGUGGCGAUUGUGUGGGCCCAACAAUAACAGCACAACAACAGCAGCAAUGUCAACUGUCCACGGCACGCGCCCAACUGCAAAUGCCGCCACCAGUAGCGACACCAACCAAUAUCUCCACCACUGCCAAUAACAACCACAAUGCCAGCGUAGCCGAACUAGCCGACUUGCUAAAUACGAGCACCUGUUCGCGUGAUUCAUCGUCGCGUGCCAGCAAACGUUCACGUACGCGCAAGUCGCACAAGUCUACGGGCAACAGCGGCAGUGGCGGCGGCGGCGGUGGCGCCAUCAACAACAAGGCAAAGUGGAGCGCAAAUGUAGCUGCGAAUGUUGGCGCACAGGGCGCUGCCACUGCAGCGGCAACAGCCUAUCCACCUCAAUAUACAGCCAUCUUUCUGGAUAAUGGUAAUGCGGCUGCCAAUGCAAUGGGACAGAUUGCAAAUGCGGCAGCCGCCGGCUCGCCAUACUUGAAUGCACCUAUUGUGGAUGCGGCAACGGCAGCGGCGUAUUUGCAACAACAGCCAUAUCAGCUGAUUACAACGGCGACGACACCAUAUCCGCAUCUCAGCAGGCAUCUGCGCCACAGUUCAACUCUUCCUAUUUAUCGGCGCUUCAUUGACGGACCCACCCGCGCCACAACUAUUGUUGGUGACAAUCAGCUUGGCGUUAUUAUUGGGCCACCGGUUGGUGGAGCAGCGGAAGCGGAUGGGGACUCUGGGCCGGUGGCGAACGGUGCAACUACACUGGUUGGUGGUGCUGCCACCGCCGUCACCUCGACCUUCCGCAAAUGCCUCUCGCGGCCGAUGGUGCCCUUUAUUAUCGGCAUAUUUGCGCUUGGCGGCGCCGCGUGUACGUUGGGUGGCGUGGUGCUCGGUGCGACGGGCCUCAUCGAGCAUACCACACAAUAUUUGAGCGCUUCACUGCUGAUGAUCGGUAUUGGUUUGUCAUUGCUUAUUGUUGGUGGCAUUAUUUGGCGCUUAUGUACACCGUUGGAUACGGAUGAGUGUCCCUGCUAUCGACUGAUGGAGACUUGCCGCAAUUGCAAUAGUCCCUAUUGUAAUAAUCGUAUACUGCCCGGUGGUUAUUUGUAUCCCGAGUUUCAACAUCGUCCGCCACCGCCAUCAUAUUUGACGUCACUGCACGAAUGUGCGGCAAUUGGUUUAAUCAAUGGUGCUGUCUACAGCGGUAUACGUGUGAAUACGCCCCCGCCACUGUAUCGUUCCACGAACUCUUUAAGCGUUUUCGUGCCCGGUUCAAAUAGCAAUACACACACACUAACAACGAAUACACCGACAACCACCUUCACUCCCACCACAGUCAUGCCAAAUAAUACAAAUCAACCAACACAGACGCAAAUUGGGCCACCCAAUUAUAAUAGCAGUAGUGGUAAUAGUAUGAGUACGCCACCACCACCGCCAGCCUCAACAGCAACACCAACACCAACGCCACCUGUCGCGCUAUCCAACGCAACGUCGUCAACGACGACAACAGCAGCGGCUGAACCGCUGUUGCCGCCCAGCGAGCAAACGGCGCUGAUUGAAAAUUCACAAACGCAGGAGGAGACUCGGCAGGCGAUACAAGCAACAUUGACCAAAGAGAUCAAUUAUCUGGAAUUGGACUAAAGUUAGGAAAAGCAAUAACUAAGCUGAAAAACAAAAAAAAAAA